CUUGUGACUCAAGCCUUCAGACAUUUCUCCUUUUAGCUUCCAUUACUUGUUUUAACAAUGAGAAAACUCUUGUGCUUCUUCUUUCCCUUGUUGCUCCUUCUCAACUUAGCUUCUGUUCUUUCCACCACUCAAAUUUCAGGAAAUGAAGUGAAAGAGAAUGGGAUGGUUGUGAAUGAAGAUUUAGAAAAAGUAAAUCCAGAAGGACAUGAUGAUGAAGAAUCAAAAUUCAAAGGAUUGUUUCCUAAACCAAUUCCAUUUGCUAAACCUAUUCCAAAGCCAGUUCCUCUCAUUAAACCUAUUCCAAUUCCAUUGUAUAAGAAACCAACACCAAAACCGAUUCCCAGUGAAGAAGCAAAAUUCAAAGGUAUUUUCCCAAAACCUAUUCCCAAAGUUAAGCCAAUACCAAAGAUAAUUCCUGUUGUUAAGCCAAUUCCCAUUCUUAAACCUAUUCCAAAGCCAUUUGUUAAGCCUAUUCCUAUUCUUAAACCCGUUCCUAAACCAUUUGUUAAGCCUAUUCCUAAUGAAGAAUCAAAGUUCAAAGGAUUGUUUCCUAAACCAAUUCCAUUGGGUAAACCUAUUCCAAAGCCAGUUCCUCUCAUUAAACCUAUUCCAAUUCCAUUGUAUAAGAAACCAAUUCCAAAACCAAUUCCCAGUGAAGAAGCAAAAUUCAAAGGUAUUUUCCCAAAACCUAUUCCCAAAGUUAAGACAAUACCAAAGAUAAUUCCUGUUGUUAAGCCUGUUUCUGUUCCAGUUGUUAAGCCUAUUCCUAUUCUUAAACCUAUUCCAAAACCAUUUGUUAAGCCUAUUCCUAUUCUUAAACCCGUUCCUAAACCCUUUGUUAAGCCAAUUCCUAUUCUUAAACCCGUUCCAAAACCAUUCGUUAAGCCAAUUCCUAUUCUUAAACCUGUUCCAAAGCCAAUUGUUAAGCCAAUUCCUGUUCUUAAACCUGUUCCAGAACCUUUCGUUAAGCCAAUUCCUAAGCCUAUCCCUACCAUUGAGUCAGAGGAAUUCUUAAAACCAAAGCCUUUCUUGAAGAAGUCUAUUCCUAAACUACCAUUUGAUCCCAAAUUCAAGAAACCAUUUCCGCCAAUUCCAACUCCAUAGAAUGAUGAUAACACCCAUUGCACCUCAUUAGCAAUAAAGUUAUUAUAUCUUCCAUUACUGAGUGUGUUGAUUUAUAUUCCAAUCACAACCAUUAGUUUCUUAAUCCUAUUGUAUCCCUCUCCUUAAUAAAAUUUACGUCACUAUUACCCUUUGUAAAAUUAUUAUCUUAAAGUAAGAAAUGAUAUUACUGAUUUCUCAUUUUA